AUGGCGACUUCCUUCGAGACGACUUUCCAACAAUGGGCCGACAAGCACAGAGACGAGGAGCCUAACGAUGAGGAAUGCAAGCGGCUUCAGGACGAGUUUGUGGCCUUUCAGGAAAAGAGCGAUGGGCUCCUUGCCAGAUUCGAAUCGAUCCUUGAAAUAUGGGAGAAAAAAGUGCCCCAGUCUGAGGCAUACCAGACACUUAAGAGGUCGGCUGAGCAACGGACGCCUAGUGCACUGUCGAUAGUGACCUCGUUGUCCUGGAAAGAUCUUGAAUUCGCCGCACACGUUGUGCGCCGGUACCUGCACAGCGCAGAAGGGCAAGGCAGAAACGUGAGCGCUAAUGCGCGGUGGCUCAGAUCCCUAGCACAGCUUUCAGUUAGGAUUGAUGAGGCCAACUUCGUCCAUGAAGCUAACUAUACAACGUUCCCGCGACACAAAGAAGCCUUCGAAAACAGAACGUUCACCAAGUCGUUACGCAAUCAGUCCUCGAGCUUCCUGCUGGUCAAGGAAAUAAGCGACAUCGCCUCAAAAGCGAGAAAGGCGAAAAGGGCUCGAUCAAAGAACAUCUCGCCCGACUCGGUACAAAUUUCGGAUCAGAUAUCUGCGUGGGUUGAAAGGGGACUGAUCUCGAGCCCGUCUGGAGGUACCCAGACCUUGAGAGAGUUGGAGCCCACUGCCUACGCCACCUGGAUGCUGAGUUUUGAUGAGUACGGCUUCCUUAUAGCGGACACGCGCACCGAUCGAGCUGAUCUUCUUCCGAUGAUGCCUGCCAACGCCCUUCAGUCGCCGCCUCCGAGCAGUCCUCCACCAACGCUGCUUUCAUCACCAUCCGUCACCAGCCCUGAGCCUGUCGAAGUCCAUCAAUACUCGUCACAUUCGUCGGCAUCGUCGCUGACGGAUGACUCGCUGGACGGGAGUACGAUAGCAGCGUCCGAACCUCCAAAACAACCCUGGGUUCCAGCCGUAUCGGAUGGAUUUGCGUUACCGGAUCUUCCACAUCUGCCAGAACCAAGCACGGUGGAGCUGACGGUGUUAGAUUCGUUCCCAGAUCAAUCCGAUCAGGAGGAGACGCCGGAAAUCGUUCCUAGCUCUGAGCGCUUGUCCAGUGAGGUACAUGUCGGUCACAGAAAUGCCGCUGCGUGGACCACUGGUUCCAUGUUCUGCGGCCGGCUGGCGCAAGAGACGAUCAGCCAGAUAGUCAGCGACAUACUGACAAAGUGGAAAAAGGAGGCAUCAGCACCUGGUGCGUCCCAAGUCUGCAGACAACGAAGUGAAUGCGUCGACGGGAGCUGGGCCCGGCGAGUGACACCCAAAUGGAGUGCACAGAAUGCCUCAGCUGUCUCUCGCGUUGUACAGUGCACUCCAGGCCGAAUGUUACAUUUGGCUCGGACCACACAACCCAUGUCUGACGUUUAUUUAAUAAGACCCGGUCAACGAACUGACCCCGUUGACUCUUCCAUUAUCUAUGAGUUGGAGGCUCUCGGUGGUAUCCCCGGCACGGGCGCUGCAUCUGUGGCCUUGGACGUCGCAGACGCUCCGGAAUGGCCGCUGGCAGCGAGCACCGAGUCGCGAUUCACGGCGCUGCCCCACAAUCCGAGUUCUUCGUACGUAGGCCACGGUCUGAGGGGAAGCUUCAGAGAGCCGAUUGCGUACGACUUGUGCGGCGUCUGGAUUCGGCUUGUACUUGGCAAUGCGAUUCUUUCCGUACGGUCACAGGCCGACCAGGAAUGGGAGAAGAUCUACCUGCGGUCCGGCGACACUGCAUAUCUUUCAUCCAGGAAGAUGCAUGCGAUCGCCUUCGUGACUAACUGCACAGUAUGUGAGUACGUAACGUUGGAUGCUGCCGGCCUUGUGCAAGAGCUCGAGGACAUGCAAACAACCCCUCGGGCUCCAAUCAACCUUCCAGGUCGAAUACAGACUCGAAGUCCGUGGCUGGGCGAUGUCCUUGCAGACCCGAGCGGGUUAAAGAGCUUCAUCGACGAGGCUACAACUGGACUUCAGGUGGAGACCAUUUUGGACCGGUUAAAGAGCGAGUUCUGCGAUCAGAGGGUGUCUGCCGGUCUCUGA